UCUUUUGUUUAUAUUAUAUGCACCACCACACCUCUCUCUCUCUCUCUUCCCCGUUAGAGUCUUUGAACCAUGUCUGAUUUGUGAAGCUGAGAAAGGGUCUUCUUAGCCUUCUUUCAAAGAAGAUAUAUUUCAUCCCCACUUUGCACCUCUACUAAUUAAUCACCUUGACUAAUUAAUAUUCUAGUUUCUUCUUGUUUGUUUAUUGCUUUGGUGUUCUCUUAUACUAUAUUUAUAUAUAUCAAAUUUCAAUCAAUAGUAAUAGAGGAAUAAAUAUCAACACCACACACACACACACACACCCUUGAGUCCUUCGUCUGUGUCUUGUUAUUCUGGUUCUGAAUUCUCCUUCUCUAAGGUUAAGUUCUUCUUUUUUUUUCUUUUUGUUCCUUUUCCUUUGAGUGUUAUACUAUAUACUAUAGCUUUGAAAUCAUUUCUGGGAAUAUAAGUAACUAAAAAAUGCCCCAGAAUAAGAUUUUUCAUGCCCCAUCAACGAAUCCGAUUCCUGAUCUUUCCCUGCACAUUAGCCUCCCAAAUAGUGCUCCUUCUUCAAUUUGCACUGAUGGAGAUUCACCCUUUGAUGUAUGGACACAAGCAGAUACUGAUGGCCUCAAAUCUCAUAGUGAUGGUUCAAUCAAGGGUUGCCCUCACACCGACACAGAACUGUCCUUAGCCAACACCACAAGUACUGCUACUCAUGAGGUUGAAAGCACAUGGAGGAGGAGAAACUUUGUUAGAAUCAAUAAUCAUGGGUUUUCUGAGGGUGAAAACACAAGGCUCAUAAAUGGAAUCCCUCUCUACAGUAACUUUUCUUCUUUGGAGAACAAUAUAGAGAGGGACCCUUCUAAGUUUUCUUCUCUCUAUGCAGUUCCAUACCCUUCUUGUGUCGCUAAUUCAGCUCCUAAUUAUGAUAAUAAUGGUAUUAUUGGGGGUGCAGCAGUAGAACCAAUCUCAAGGUUUAAUGGGAUAACCAUGGAGAGUCUAAGACCUCAACAGUUUCGGUACUUUGAUUUUCCUCAUCACCAAUAUCAUCAGCAUCAACAGCAUCAUCAGUUUGGGAAUAAUAACAUUGGAGCUUCUGAUUUUUCAAAUGGAUUUUUGAGGUCAAGAAUGCUGUCGAGGCAACAAAGUAAGAGAAACAUGAGGGCUCCAAGAAUGCGUUGGACUAGUUCUCUUCACAAUCGCUUUGUUCAUGCUGUUGCGUUGCUUGGUGGCCAUGAAAGGGCUACUCCUAAGUCGGUUUUGGAACUCAUGGAUGUCAAAGAUCUAACAUUAGCUCAUGUCAAGAGCCAUUUGCAGAUGUAUCGGACUGUUAAGAACACUGACAAGCCUGCAGCUUCUUCAGAUGGGGAUGGGGAUGAGGAUUUCAUGUCCCUAACACUACCCCUUAAUCAAAAUAAGAACUUUUUACCAAAUCAGAGAGGACCUCCAAAUGCAUCUAUAGAUCAUGAUAUUGGCUAUACUUCAAGCAAUCUAUGGGCUAAUUCUUCUUCCAGUAGAGGAGCACGAAUACAAGCAAAUUCCCGAGAUUUGGAAGAGCUUAAUCAUCAAGAUAUUGUAUCAUCUCAGCAUGUUGGGAAGCUGUCAGAGGGAAGCAACUAUACACAAACAAGAAGCUUCAAGGAUCAAAAUUUGGAGUGUCAGAAUCCAAGCUUGGAGAUCACCUUAGGAAGAUCAAAUUGGCACAACGAUGAACAUGCCUAAUUUUAUUUAGUUGGUUUACAUGAUUGCUUUACAAAGCCAAAAAAGAAAAGAUUAAUGCACAGAUAUAUAAAUAGAUAGUGCUUUUGUUAAGACAAAGAUGUCACUUUCCACAAAUCUAAAGCAUCUCUGUAUAUUCUUUUUGAGCCAAAGCUUGUUAGGUUGUGUUAGUCAUUAUAUAAAUGUUAUAGCUUAAAAGUAAAAGUUGAAGAAAAGAAGGAAUCAUAUGU